AGAACGGGACUGUCGCCUAGUGUUCCACAACUCUAGAACCUUUUGGACAUAAAGUACACCGCCAGCAGCAUGAUCAACAAAGCCAGCUUUCUUCUCCUCUCUGCUCUCCUCAUCUGCUGUGGAGCAGAAGACACAGGUACUGAGGGCUCAGAACAGGAGGUUGAGGUGCACUCUUUUGAUAUGCUCACAGAGAACAGUGUAGGGAACAGUAGGAGGACUUGCCCUCAGUACUGGACUCGUUAUGGUACCCGCUGUUUCAAGUUUGUCUCCACAGCAAGAACUUGGGCCGAAUCUGAGCGUUACUGUGUGGGGUUAAGAGGGAACCUGGCCUCGGUGCACAGCUCAGGUGAGCACCGUUUCAUCAAGGAUCUGAUCCUUAGACAAGCUCGAGGCAAUCCUCGUACUUGGAUCGGAGGAUAUGAUGCUACUCAGGUACAAGUAUGACGGCUGCAAGUUAUUGAUCAUAGUUAUCUUUUUUCCUAACAUGAGCAUGUUGAAUAUUACAAU